GCACUGAGCUGAAUCGUCUCUCUGCUCACCAAAGUGAUUUGCAGUGAAGAGGAAGAAGAAGAAGAAAGGCCAAGGGGGAAUAACAAUUCGGCUGAUGAUAUCGUGUAUAAAUACUAGUCUCCCCCCUCCGUAAUUUUCUAUCCUCAUCCACUUAGGCAUCCUUCACUUCUCUACUAUCAUUACCAUCCAACUCCCAAAACACUCUUUACUUUUAAGCAUUUGCCCCCUAAAUAUCCGAAAAUCAAUCAAAAUGGUUGCCAUCAAGUCCCUCGCUGUCCUCCUCUUCACCGCUGCCGUCACCGCAAUUCCCCUUGCCGGUGGGAACGACAAUGCCGGAGACCACAGUGUGCAGUGUGGAGACCAGGGGCAGACCCUCUACUGCUGCAACGAUAUCUCCGACUCCGAGACCAAAGGUGAAUAUUAUGUUGGUCUCUUGGAUAAUGUCACUGUCAAGUGCAACGAUGUUACUAGCAAUGUUCAGUCUGUCGAUGGCGUCUCCCGUCAGAGCCAAUGUGAUGCUAAGGCUGCCUGUUGCAGCAGCAGCAACAUUGAGCAGAAUGGUUUUAUCAACAUUGUCUUUGGCUGCCAGGCUAUUGCUGCCAACUAAGCCGGAUAAGGGAUCGAGAACGGGGGACUAUGUGUGUUUUGGGAUACUGGAUAGUUGGAUUUGGUCUUGUAUACGUUAAUUUAUAAUAUUGCGCCUUUUUUU